UCCCACGCUACGACUACUUUGUCACUUUGCUACUUUACUACUUCCUCCAGGACUCACUUCACUUGCUCCUCCUCCUCACAGUCCGUUUGCCGCUGCCGCUUGCCCGCUCUCACCUAUUACAUCUAGCCUACCCUCCUCUCCCUCGCGUGGUAUCGUGCCUGGUAUCCCCUCUUUUCUUUUCACCUUUCCGCAGCCAUAAGCCGUAUCUUGCCCACACGCUUGCGCACACACACCUUCGCCACGCACGUCGUUCGGCUUUGCAAGGCAUCGUGCCCUUUCGAACUUCAACUCUGUCGCUUCACAUCACAAACCCGUCUUCGUCCAACUCAUCGCCUUGUGUCCUGUCAAGGUCGCGAUUCGUCGCUGCACUUGGAAAUCUGACCGCCAAAAAGCCCCCUUGCAUUCGCGACCCACCGGUCAUUUCCAGAGUCUAGACCCGACCAAGCCCGCUGCUUUCCGCAAACCCGACUGGUUCCCGUCAUAGACGACAUCAAGCAGCUUCGACGGCCGUCAUGGCCAAACCACCACGCUUCGCCGGCUCCCACGAGCCUUUACAAAUCUAUCAGGACGAUUUCUUUGAGAACUCGACGGCAAUGAUCAACCACGCACCCAUGCCUGCCGUCUCCAAACCCCCGAGGAGACCACUCGGCGCAACGAACAACAACAACGUCGUCCUUAACCCCCCAAUGCUUGCAUCCGACCGACACUCGCCCUUGAAGGCAUUGUCAGGCAACUCAAAAUCGCCCCUCGCCCCGCUCAGGUCGCAGGGCAGCAAGUUGAACAUGGUCCCAAUGGCGCCGCCAUCGGCACAAUGCCAGAACACCGAUUCGCUGCACAAAAAGCCCUACUUGUCCAAGUUCAAGACUGUUGCGCAAAAACCUCCUUCCGUGGAGCUUAAUGCCGGUUUCGGGAAAGAAAACGUCCACCCACAACUGUACCCUGCGCCGCCGCCAGCGACGAUCAAUUUCGACCAGUUCUACAUGCACAAAGGCCCGGGCAAGCGCACUUUGAUGGAGGCAGCCCCAAUCAAGGAAUCGAGACCGCUGAAGAAAGUAAAAGCCGACGAGUCGGGCCUGCCGUCGCACGAUUCUUUCCCUCCUAUUGUCGACGAUGGCGCGAAACCGGGACACAGCUACGCGACUCUGAUCGGGAUGGCCAUCCUUCGGUCACCACAACGGCGUUUGACCCUCGCCCAGAUCUACAAGUGGAUUUCUGACACGUACUCGUUUUACAAAGCGGAGGAAUCGGGUUGGCAGAACAGCAUUCGACACAACCUCAGCCUUCACAAGGCCUUCAUCAAGGUGGAGCGGCCAAAAGACGACCCCGGCAAGGGCAACUACUGGACUAUUCAGGAAGGCAUGGAGCAGCAGUUCAUGAAGGACAAGCCGGCGAGAAAGACAACCACCACUGCUGAGAACGUACCCGUCAUGUCGACCCGCAUGGAACCCUCGAGACCGGCCAACAUGCCUAUCCAAGAGCCGACCCUUCCGCCUCCUGCGCCGAUCAAGCAAGCGCCCCUGCCGCCGCUGCCUACUUCACAGGCCACAGUUGCUGUUGAGUUUUCGUCCGAUGCCACCAUCCCUGUCUCGGACUCGGCCGCGCCUGAGGACGGACAAGACAAGCUGGACCACGACUGCUCACCUCUGCCUCCUACGAUGCACUCUUCACCGCCAAUUCCACGGCACAUGGAGCCCCGCAGUCGUACGCCUCCUCCGCCAGGGCGCGGUCCUGUCUCUUCGAUUACGAGAUCGCACAAGAGAAAAUUCGCAUCAAUGGACGACAGCGGUUACAUCUCGUCUCUCGAGUCGUCAGCUCUGCGGCCACAGAAGACGGGCAUUCUCACUUCCGAAGCCGACCGUCCUCGGAAGCGCAGUCGCGCAGGCAGGGCCGAGGAUGAGAUUGCUCGCUUGCGCGCGUCGUCUUACGAUAGCCCUAGCAAGGGUCGGUCGUACAACGCGUUUGCCCCACCGUCUUCGUCGCCGCUCCGCCAACAGGGUCAGAUGCUGCCACCGCUUACACCCGCCAUGAAGCUGAAGCCACCUACGAAGGCCCCACCGUCUGCAUCGCCCAACACCAACCUGCGGAUGCAUCGCGAAAAUGUCCGACAGAUGCUUCAGUCUCCUAUUCGCAAGAUGGCCGGUUCUGGUGACGGCAGCGCCCCGUGGAGCCCGGCCUUCAACUUGGACGAGAGCGUCUACAACUAUAACCUCAUGACCACUAACGAAUUCGACAUCUUCCAAGACUACGAUAAUGACUUCUUUGAUGGCUUGCCUCAAGAUUCCCCCUCCAAAAAGUCUGGUGGUAAACGACCGCGCCCCGAGCGUACGCACUCGGCUAAUGCUUUGACCGAUUCCAACGAGUCCGGCCAAGGCAACAAGUCGGCGCUUUCGACGCCCUUUUUGAAGGCGCCCGCGCAAUCCAACGCCUUGUGGGAGACUCCCAGCAAGGUUUUUGACGGACUCUCUUCCCCAAUCAAGCCUAACGACGGCGCUUCUCAAUGGAGGUUCCCUUCGCCCACCAAGAUCUCUGGGUCUUUUUACGAAGUGGCGGCCGAGGGUGAUUGGCCUGCCUUCUCCUUCGACACCGCCGACUUCCUGGGGGGAGGAGAGCCCACCGAAUACUCCGGUCUUGACAUUCUGCAAGGUUUCGAGAAGAUCGGCUCUGGCUCACAAACCAAGGCUUCGGGUUCCAAACCCGGCAAGCCCGCAUUUGGACGGAGUUACACCUCGCAAUUCUAAUCUCAUCUCAAGAUGAGACCAUUCCGUCUCAUUGGCGCUGAGACAUGACGACCGUUACGAUGUAUGAACGUACUUUACUGGCAUGACGUCCUCGAUGCUGAGGCAUUCGCGCGACUGUUUCGACCCACACGACAAUGGAGCGGGAACCAAAAGAACUUUGGGCGGGUUUGACUUUAAAGACUAAUGUCUGAUACGGGCUUCGAGGCUUUCACAACUCUCUUGUCCAUGAUUGUUUGCUUUAUGAUAAUGAACAAAGCAGCGCACAUACUGUCCGGCUAUUUGGCGUGGAGGAACAUCAUUUCAGGGGCAUGAAGGGGGGAAGAAGGAAGACAUUGUGUUUUGUGUUCCCUGCUUGGCUCCGUCGGGUCUUGGCUCCGGGGCAAGCUUCUCUCCCCCUUCCCAUGGGUAUGGCAGGAUUUCUGAUUUCAUUGUUGUUGUUUUUUGCUCAGGCUAGAACGGCCUUUUGGCUGUAGUGUGUAUAGGAAUACACAGGUUGGAUGCGCGGCUGUAGCAGAACACGUAUCUGGCGGCUUGCUGAGUACAUUGAUAGUGGUCAAUUCUAGUACUGGGACACAC